AUGACACCAUUAUUAAGCCAUGCUACAACCCACAUUUCUUUCUCCACAAAGCACACUAUCAAACCACAAUGCAUAACCCUCAUUCAACCAUACAAACCCAACACACAACAAAAUUCCAAUGAAACCUUAAAAACCAUAAACAAAAGAAAAAAACUUUCAUCAUCAAAAUCAACAAAAACAACACCAUUACCAAUACUACCAACAAAAGUUAACAAAAGAUGGAAAGAAUACCAAGGAAUAACCAAUUGGGAAGGUUUAUUAGACCCAUUAGACAAUAACCUUCGUUCUGAAAUCCUUCGUUACGGCCAUUUUGUCGAAGCCGCAUAUAAAUCCUUCGAAUUCGACCCUUCUUCUCCUAACUACGCCACAAACAAAUUCCCGAAAACCACACUCUUCAAAAAAUGUGGUUUACCCAAAACCGGCUACAAAAUAACCAAACAUUUACAUGCUACCUCAGGGAUUGAACUACCUAGUUGGAUCAACAAAGCAUCAUCAUGGGUCGCAAAAAAAUCAAGCUACAUUGGUUAUAUCGCCGUUUGUGACGACAAAGAAGAAAUCAAACGACUUGGUCGAAGAGAUGUCGUUAUUGCAUUCAGAGGAACAACAACAUGUUUAGAGUGGCUCGAAAACCUUCGUGCCACUCUAACCAACAUUAAUCCAUUACAAUGCAAUAAUCUUCAGGUCCACUCCGAAUCAGGAGUAGAUGAAAAUAAUCAACCCAUGGUAGAAAGUGGGUUUUUGAGUCUUUACACUUCAAAAUCUAAUUCUAAUCCUUCAUUGCAAGAAACGGUGAGAAAUGAAAUUGAACGAAUUUUAAAAAUAUAUGAAGGUGAAAAUUUGAGUUUUACAAUAACAGGACACAGUUUAGGAGCAGCAUUAGCAAUUUUAACAGCACACGAUAUAAAAACAUAUUUUGACCAAAAACCGUUAGUAACGGUAAUCUCGUUCGGCGGUCCACGUGUUGGUAAUCGGAACUUCCGAUUAAAACUUGAAAAAGAAGAGAUUAAAGUGUUACGUAUAGUGAACUCGGAUGACGUAAUUACAAAAAUGCCCGGAUUUGUUUUUGAUGAUGACAUGGAGGAAAAGACCGAUGACAUGGAGGGAAAUAGUGAUGACAUGGCAUGGUUUUUUCCAAGGUGGAUACAAAAGCGAGUGGAAGAGACACAGUGGGUAUACUCUGAGGUUGGAGAGGAGUUAAGGGUAUGUAGUAGGGAUUCACCUUACUUAAAGGGUGUCAAUAUUGCCACGUGUCAUGAUCUGAAGACCUAUUUGCAUCUUGUUGACGGCUUUGUCAGCUCUGAGUGUCCUUUUAGAUCUACUGCCAGGAGGUUCCUUCACCGGUAG